AUGGGCGUACACCUGCACGUGACACUCGCAAAACUGCAAAGACUCGUAGGGAGGAAGACGGGAGAUUGCACUCGAGCUCGUUUCCUUAGCGUCGUACGAACGUCGUUGCCUGCCAUGCAAAUCUUCGUCAAGACUUUGACUGGCAAGACGAUCACGCUCGAGGUUGAGUCCUCGGACACGAUUGACAAUGUGAAGGCCAAGAUUCAGGACAAGGAGGGCAUUCCUCCGGACCAACAGCGUCUGAUCUUCGCUGGUAAGCAGCUUGAAGACGGUCGCACUCUGAGUGACUACAACAUCCAGAAGGAGUCGACCCUUCACCUGGUGCUUCGUCUUCGUGGUGGUAUCAUUGAGCCAUCGCUCAAGGCCCUUGCCAGCAAGUACAACUGCGAAAAGCAUAUUUGCCGCAAGUGCUACGCUCGCUUGCCACCGCGUGCAACGAACUGCCGCAAGCGCAAGUGCGGUCACAGCUCGCAGCUCCGUGCCAAGAAGAAGCUGAAGUAA